AAUCACUUACACAGCGCAAUAGUAUGAAGUUGGGAAUCUUUCUAACUGCUGGUUUGCUGAUGGUGCAAGCUAUAUACGCCUUGCUGCUCCAAGGAAAAAUAGUAGGUGUUCUUCCGGAGUAUAAGUUGCAGAAUGCCGAACAAAUUGUCAAUGGCAAUAAUUUGCCCAUACGGUUCACGGUUGAGUUAACAUCAAUUGAUGGUGAAAUCUCCCACAAAAUGCGGGCUUUGGUGAAUUCGAAGUAUGAAUUCAUAUUCAACCACGUGAAUCCCGGGAUCCACGAUCUCUCACUUGUGUCACAUGACUUCAUCUUGGAUAAAGACAGAUUCAGAAUCGAGGCCAACCACUCGACGAUAACUGCAACAGACUAUUAUUUGAACGGAAAUAAAGGACAGGCUUCCAAUGUCACUGACACGGUCUUGGUGGUGUCAGUGGUUGGCGAAAGAAAAUACUAUGAGGUUCGUCUGGGGUCGGUAAAAGAGAUGCUUUUGAACAGUCCAUUAGGCUUCAUUUUCAAAAAUACCGGAUAUACGAUUAUGUUUGUGGCCACAUUGGUGAUGAUGGCAGGCCCCUAUGUGCUCAGCAUAGUGAACCCAGAGAUGUCCAAACGUCUUGCAGAAAUACGGGAGGAACAAGGCCAAGGGAGAGGUAUGUUUGAUCCAAAGCCAGAAGCCCCAAAAAUCGAAGAGAUCUCCAGACUGGCACCAGCACGAGGCACGAAGAAAAAGAGGUAAAUGUAGCAUAUGUCGAAUAAACAUCCGAGUUGUGUA